GACAGCUGGGAUCGCUGCGCUCCGCUCCAGUCUGGUAAGAAGCUUCAUCUCCAAAUAGGAUGACCGUCGGCUUUUGUGGAAGGGACUGCAUUCAGCUCUGUAGCUAGGUCUGGGACACCGGCUUCGUUCAGUUUACCUGAGGGGAGUUUAAGAGCCAACACGUCGUUUUUUCUUCUCUAGUGUGGAUUUCCGAUGGAUAUUCCGAUUUGAAGAGGUGUGAUUUCAUUGAUUUGAGCGCGGCAUGUAACAAAAAGAAGCGCACGAGAAAAGUAGCGCUCGCAUUGUUAUUCUGAAACGAGCAACGUCUGAACUGCUUUGAGAGACAUACCACAUGGAUUACUAAAAGACAGAGCUGUAAUACCACUCCAAGGCAUACCCAUUCAUGAGCUGAAGGCUGAAGUAAAUCUGUAGCAGAGGACCAGCAGCAGCAGCAACAGCAGCAGCAGUGUUGGUGCGAUCAUGAGGUCAGAGGCCUUGUUACUCUACUUCACGCUCCUGCAAAUAGCCGGGGCGGGCUUCCCCGAAGACAGCGAGCCUAUUAGCAUCUCACACGGCAACUACACAACUCAGUAUCCAGUGUUUGUUGGCCACAAACCUGGCAGGAACAACACACAGCGGCACAAACUGGACAUCCAGCUCAUCAUGAUCAUGAACAAGACGUUAUACAUCGCUGCCAGGGAUCACAUAUACACAGUGGACACAGACACUGCCAACAGUGACGAGAUCUUAUUCAGUAAGAAAUUGACAUGGAAGUCCAAACAGGCAGAUGUGGACACUUGCAGAAUGAAAGGGAAACAUAAGGAUGAGUGUCACAAUUUCAUUAAAGUCCUUUUACCAAUAUGACACCUUGUUUGUUUGGUGAACAAAUGCUUCAAUCCGUGCUGUCGAACCUACAAGAUGGACACCCUGGAGGCUGUGGGAGAGGAUAUCAGUGGGAUGGCACGUUGCCCAUAUGACGCCAAGCACGCCAAUGUUGCCCUCUUUGCUGAUGGCAAGCUGUACUCGGCCACUGUAACAGACUUUCUAGCGAUUGAUGCGGUCAUCUAUCGUAGCCUUGGAGACAGCCCAACUCUGCGCACUGUCAAACAUGACUCCAAAUGGCUGAAAGAGCCCUACUUUGUCCAGGCAGUCGAUUACGGAGACUUCAUCUACUUCUUCUUUCGGGAAAUUGCUAUGGAGUACAACACAAUGGGAAAGGUGGUGUUUCCUCGGGUGGCCAGGGUUUGUAAGAUCGACCAAGGCGGCUCGCCCCGGGUCCUGGAGAAGCAGUGGACCUCAUUUCUCAAGUCUCGCCUGAACUGCUCCAUUCCCGGUGACUCACACUUCUACUUCAACAUCUUGCAAGCUGUGACAGAUGUCAUCCACAUCAACGGGAGGGACGUAGUGAUGGCAACCUUCUCCACUCCUUACAACAGGUACCCUGGCUCAGCGGUGUGUGCCUAUGACAGGCGAGGGUGGUCCAACACAUUCACAGGGCGUUUCAAAGAGCAGAAAUCCGACUCCACCUGGACGCCUUUUCCUGAAGAGGUUCCAAAACCAAGGCCUGGCACAUGUGCCGGCACUCCAUCCAUGGAGAAGUACAAGGUAUCCAAUGAGUUCCCCGACGACAUACUCAACUUCAUCAAGAUGCAUCCUCUUAUGGACGAGGCUGUGCCCUCCAUUGCCAACAGGCCCUGGUUUCUCAAGACCAUGGUCCGGUAUCGUUUGACGCACAUUGUGGCGGACAAUGAGGCGGGUCCCCAUAAGAACCAUACAGUGGUCUUCCUGGGAUCUGAGAAAGGCAUCAUUGUCAAGUUCUUGGCCAACAUGAACAGCGGCUUCCUCAAUGAUAGCCUUUUUCUGGAGGAGCUCAACGUCUACAACCCUGACAAGUGCAGUAUAGAUGGUGUGGACGACAAGCGCAUCAUAGGCAUGCAGAUAGACAGCAAAAGUCACGCUUUGUGGGUAGCUUUCUCCUCCUGUGUGGUCAAAGUGCCGCUGUCUCGCUGUGAAAGACAUGGAAGAUGCAAGAAGUCUUGUAUAGCCGCCAGAGACCCAUACUGUGGUUGGGUGUCAGAAGGAGCCUGCAAACAGGUGGUUGGCAACACCAAAUCAGCCUUUGAGCAGGACGUGGAGCAUGGCAACACAGAUGGCCUGGGAGACUGCCAAAACACCUUUGUGGCGCUGAAUGACAUUCCCUCCAGUUACAAAGGCCACCAUCACCGCCACCAUCACCACACCCUCUCACUCCCCACCUCGGCCCUACCCGAGGCCGCCGAGGGCCCCCUGGGGCGGGGCCGCAUGGUGGAGCGGAAGGACCCCCCCAUGAGCUCAGACAAAGGGGAGGACCCCUAUGUAGCCGUGCCCUCUCAGACUCAGCCAGAAGUCAAUGGUGUGAUCCGUGAGAGUUACCAGAAGGGUCGUGACCAACUAGUUCCCGUGACCUUGUUGGCCAUCGCUGUCAUCCUAGCCUUUGCCAUGGGCGCCAUCUUCUCUGGCAUCAUUGUCUACUGUGUCUGUGAUCACCGGCGGCGAGACAUAGACCUGACAGGCAGCAAGGAAAAGGACAGCCACCACCUCCACUCCCGCCGAGGAUCCAUGAACAGCGUGACCAAGCUGACGGGCUUAUUUGAGACACAGGCCAAAGAUGGUCGACCCGAGGCAAUCCUCACCCCUUUGAUGCACAAUGGGAGACUGACACCAAAUGGUAAGAUGCUGAUAAAAGCAGACCAGCACCACCUGGACCUCACUGCUCUGCCAACGCCUGAAUCCACCCCCAUGCAGCCGCGUCGUAAGCCGAGCCGGGGAAGCCGGGAGUGGGAGAGGAACCAGAACCUCAUCAACGCUUGCACCAAGGAUAUGCCACCAAUGGGCUCCCCUGUUAUCUCUACAGACCUUCCCCUGAGGGCCUCUCCAGGGCACAUCCCCAGCGUGGUAGUCCUGCCUUUGCCGCAGCAUCAGCACCAGCUCCAGCCUCACCUGCAGCAGCACCAGCAGUCCUACCAGCACGAGUAUGUGGAGCAGCCCCACCAUAGUGACCUCAGCAUGGGCCACAGUGUUAUGGACGACCAGGGAGCCACCCUGGAGUACAAGACAGUCAAGAGCCCUUGUCACAACCUCAACAUGGUAGAUCCAGAUGGGGUGCUGCCACCACGUGUGCCCCAACGAGAGGCUUCUCUCACCGUCCCUCCGGCUGUCCCACAGAUGGGCAAACGCUUGGAGGUCCACUCGUCAGUCUACGGACUCCGUAAAGGAUCAGCAUCCGGAGCUUCCGGGUCCUCCGUUCUCAAGAGGCACAACACCAACUCAUCUAACUCCUCUCAUUUGGCGAGACAUCACAGCUUCAACCGCAUGGAGACGCCACCCCCUGCACCUCAGAGGGUGGACUCCAUACAAAUGACAGCACAGGGCAUAUCUCUGUCCCGGCAGCCUGGAAUGAGCUCCUACGGUUCACUGCCUCGAACGGGCUUCAAAUAUCUCAAGCCCGAUGUCCCCCCAAAACCCUCCGUAGUCUCACUCUCGACAAAAGUCAAAUCCAGUGACUCCUGCACAUAGUCCGCUAGUUAUCCAGUCAGUCCACUGUGAAUGGACAGUAGUAAAAGUUUUUUCUGAAAGAGAGAAAAAUCUGGGAAUACUGUACAACUUGCAUCUCUUUUUAGUGUUUUUGUUUGUUUGUUUUUGGUGUACAGUAGAGUGAAAAAUGAAACAGUUUUUUAAGAAAACACUUUCUUUUUAUAUAAAUAUGUAAAUAUUAUACAAAUGGUUGUCGUCAUUUGUUGCCGUCAUCGAGCUCAUGCUCUGGCUGGCUCCCAGUUCCUCUGUAAACACACAUGGGAACAUGUGCUACUGAAACAGAAGAAGAUAACGCUUGUCCUGAAUAUUUUAUCCAACUGCACCCUGUAGCAUCCAAGACGGUGGCUCUCUUGUUUGUGGUGUCUUUGGCCACCGGGACUUGACUUGAUACUUUAUCACGCUGGUGAAAAGCACACAAGAAGACAGCACAGGGGGUUUGGAGAAUUAUCGUUGUACAGUAUCUUGAGGACUGUCCAAUCUGCACUCAGAGAGACUGAGCUUGGACUGAAAGGACAGACGACUGUUCUGAGUUCUGUCAGAAACUGUGAAAAAGCCUCUCAGUGUUACAGCAAUCAAGUCCUGCCUGGGUUUGACUGAAAGCCUGGGCCAGAGGAAUCUUCUACUGUACUGGUUACUGAAUAACACAUGACUGUUAAUACUAAUAGUUUGUUGUAUUUAUUUUUAUUAAGUGCUUUUGAAAAAAUACUGACUUUCUAGGCUCGGCUUGGAGAGAGAGAGAGAGAGAGAGAGAGGGAGAGAGAGAGAAAGAGGCAGAACGGAGAAGAUAUCUUUUAAUAUUAAUUAAACAAGUGUGAGAAAAAAAACAUAUUUAAAGUCAUAAAACUGGAGCCUGUAGAACUUUCUUGAUGACUAAAGGUCCACUAUGUCUUUCUGUGUGCUCAGUGGGACCUGCAGCUUGAGAUAUAUGUGACCUCUGUGAAGAGGAGGAGAUAUUUAUUUAAACUGUGCCAGACAGGGACUUUUACCUUCAUGGACCAGAAUUUCCAUUGUUUUAAGCAAUCAUAAAAAAUACUUCCUGAAUCCCACCCUUUCACUCCUCCAAUGAGCAUCCCCCCACCUACCCCACGGCCCCAAUCAGCACUGUGGUUUUGUGUGAGUCAGUUACAUUUGUCCUGAUUGGUUGCUGGCUUACCGGUGCCAUCAAAGCUCACUGUUGCAUGUUGCAAAUAUAAGAGAAGCCGCUGCAGCAAUGGAACGGGAAUCUGCAUUACACACACAGAAAGAAGCUGCAAGUGAAGCUGCAAGCAAACAGAACGAUGCCUCCAUCUAGAACGUAUCGUCUUUACUAGCAGCGUCACGCAAAUUAGCAGGUGAAAAAGGAAACUAUAAAAACAUCUGUAUCGCCUGCUUCUUUUUCCACAUGUAAAUUUGUGCCUUACACCUAAAGUAGUGACAAUGUUUUUAAUAGCUGUUAACUUUGUCUCCUUGUAGUAUAUUUUUAUUUUUCUUACGUCAUCAUGUUUCCCUGGUUUGAUAAAAAUGCAAUUAAAGAAUGUAGGUGUUAUUGUUGUAAUUCUGGUCCCUAGACAUAACACACUUAUGAUCCAGAGGGAAGAGAGAAAAGGAGGAUUUCCUUUUCUUCUUUCACUCUUUCUCUCUCACACACACCCUCAUACACAUGCACACACACACACACACAUACACAAGCAUCUUUGUGGUUAAUUUCUGAUUGUGCCAUGAGCUUAAAGCAACCCUUUAUGUUGUGCUGGCAGUGUCGAUGUAGACAUUGUGAGUGUUUUUGAUUUUAUAUUUUAUACAAUUUUAAAGUCCUGGUAUUUGUUUUUACUUUUUUGCUGUCCGUUGGUUUGGAGUGAUGGUUGGUUGACUGAUUAACUGAACAAUUAACAUUUGUUACUUGAGAAGGCCAGUGUAUGGGUAUCUUUGUGGUGCACUGCAACACUAGCAAACACAGUGUGAGAUACACAUAAGCACCCAGUGUACUAACACAGUUCUAGGCUUCUUGUGUGCAUCCUAACACUCAGUUGUUAGGCAGUUGCAGAAACAGGCUGGUUCCUGUGAAGAACUUUGACAUUUUAAAACAACAAUAUUAAAAAGUACCUUAUUUAACCCCCUUUUUGUAAGAGACAACACAGUUUGAGGAAGUGUAGUUUUUAUUUUGUUUCACUAACUCUCAUUAUCAAAGCCUUAUGAAUGGCUGAGAGUUUGAAUAAUUUCACCUUUUUCUGUUUUCACUUCCUUUUUACUUGAGGAUUUCUAUUGAUCACCUCUGACCCCAACACUUAAAUCAAAGGAGCACUCUCUUAGUGUUGUAUGUGUAGAUAGGUAAAGGUUUUCUUGAUAUCAAGCAAUCUUCUGUUUCUCAAUGGAGGAAAGCCAACUAUGUCUCAAUCCCCAGCUAACGUGAGAAGGAACGUUUAGGAUCUGUGACCUGACUAACACAUGUACAUAUACUCUUGCAGGGUUUGGAUGCAAAUGACAGGGUCAUGGGCAACAGAUUGGGUAAAAGCUAGAACCAGGAGGAGGGUGUCCCUAUAGAAACAUAUUCUGGGGUCAGUUGAGACAGUUAUCCCAGGGAUUACUUAAAGCUAUGAUCUUCAAAGUGCAAAUGACCCAUGAUUAGUAUGAAGAGGUGGGUUUACUCCAGAAUACCACUGCAUUGUAGACUGGUUACUGGGCACUACAAGGCCCUAUUUACACCUUCCAGUGUAUUGAGGAGUGCAUGACCCAGCAACUUUCCCAGGCCUGAAAUAAUGCUACAUAUUUCUUGCCUAGAAAUGUUCAGUUGUGGUGGCUGUCACCUCGGAGAACUGCCGUGUCAACACAGAAUGUGAACAAGAAAAUCUAGGUUCAAAAGGUUAAAUCCUACAUCCUGUGUAGCUUCGUAAAUGUAGCUGUGGGUCCAUUUAAGAUUCUGUAAAAUCAAGCGUUUGAUGUCAGUGGGGUUUGAAUAUUUUCAAGACUGGACUGGGUUUGACUGUGAAGGCUGCUGUGAACAGUGAGGUUCUUUGGUGUGUGCCUUUUUUGUCUUUCACCCUUGUUAUAAUACACUGCUGUUAGAUGCAAAUUGACUCUCUUCUCAACUUCUCAACCUUUUGAACUUUGUAAGCUUGUAAGAUAUUGUGACGUCACAGUUUUUUGCCCUACUCUCUCCACUUCCUUAACAUCUGAUUCACAGCUUAAUGUAUGUUGUAAAGAAAAAACUCUUUAAUUUAAUGCAAAAUGUAAUAAAAAAAA